GCUAAUCCAAAUAUAUAACAUACCUAAGAACAAGAGAUAUGAUUAAGGUAGGGUCGAAAGGAAAACGCUACACUCCUCUGGGCUAUAUAUAUAUUUCAUGCAACCAUUGUUUGAACAAGCAACUUACUCUCAUCUGUUUUACUUAGUUUGAUCCUUUGCUUGAUUACUUAGCCUACCAAUUAAAUAACAUGGACACAAAAACCAACUCAUCUUCGCCUUCAAAGACCAAAAGAAAACUGCCAGACCAAAGCCAAGAGCCACAAGUGAGGUUCCUGGGAGUUAGAAGGAGACCAUGGGGCCGCUAUGCUGCGGAGAUUAGAGACCCCUCAACUAAAGAGAGGCAUUGGCUGGGCACUUUUGACACCGCUGAGGAGGCUGCCUUGGCCUACGAUCGUGCUGCCCGUUCCAUGCGUGGCUUGAAGGCUCGCACAAACUUUGUGUACUCUGAUAUGCCUGCUACCUCCUCUGUCACCUCCAUUCUCUCCCCCGAUGAAUCCCUCUCUGCUUUCUUCCCUCAUUUCAGUGCACCCUCCUCAUUCAUUCCUCAUGAUGCCAACUUACCAGGAGGGUCUGCAGCUUCAUCUUUCCAAUUCGAGCCUUCUACCGCUCCUGUAGUUGCUGUUGGCAGGCCUUCUGAUGAUAUUCAGCUUCCUCCCCUACCUCCUGAUGUCACUACUUCUACUAAUUAUGGCACAGACUUGGAUCAUCAUUUCUGGAACGACACCCCUUUUUAUGGGUUUUCUCAACAGCCUGCAGAUUAUUGCCUUGACCCUUCAGCAACAGGAUCCUUUUUGAAUUUUCAUUCUAACGACCACCCAUCUUCUGAUGCUGCAAUCACAGACGGGAUUGAUUUCAGCUCAUCGUCAUCUUCCUUUUUCUUUUGACUAAAAUACAGCAUUGCCUGCCUAAGCACGCCUAUAUCUAUCUAUAUAUUAUAUAUAUAAAUAACGUUUUUGUUUUUUGGGCGAAUGUGGCUCCUCGUGGUGCCAUUUUCAUUUGUUUUGGUUUGUGAGCGAGUUAGUGUAGACAGUCAUAACGGUUUUUGGAUUGUCCUCAACAAGAAAGAGGAGAUGCAACAGUGUGCUAUGGUCUUCUUAUGUGUUACUAUAAUUUUGUACAUGCAACUGCAAGUGCAUGCCUUUUU